AUGUUAGUGAUUCAGCCAACAAGCAGUUCUUCUAACACAGCCAACGUUGCAUCACAACCUAGUACUUCCAGGCAAGUAAAUCCUAGAUCCAGCCGAGUAGCAUCACGACCUCAAGCAGUACCUACUCCCCGCAUCAUUUCACCUUCCCCACAGCCUGUCAGGCCUGCCAGGCCAAAACCUAAGAGAGAAUACAUACGGCGGAAGAUGGACUUUCAGCCACCUGAUACCACAUUUACUGGCGUUGACGUGUUGGAACAACCAUAUACUACAUUUGAAACACCUUUGCAGUACUUUUUGCACUUUUUUGACGACGAUUUGUUGGAUCACAUUGCUGAAGAAUCUACUAAAUACAGCAUACAGAAGGAUUGCUCAAAGCCAGUUUUGGUUACAAAGACGGAACUCAAAAAAUAUUUAGGCAUCUGUCUCUUGUUAGGACUGGUGCCACAGCCAAACAUUCGCAUGUUGUGUAAUUCUAUAUUAGGUAUACCACUUAUAAUUGAAACGAUGACACUCGGUAACUUUGAAAAAUUACGAAGUGUCAUACAUUUCAAUGACAACAUAAAUUACAAACCUAGAGGAGAGCCAGGACACGACAGACUUUUCCGUAUUAGACCCUUAUUGGAAACAUUGAGAAAGAAAUGUCAAGCUGUGCCGAAACGAGAGACACUUUCAGUGGAUGACCAAAUGUGCGCUGCCAAAGCCUGCAACUUCCUCCGCCAGUAUCUCCCGAACAAACCUCAUAAGUGGGGAUACAAGUUGUUGGUGUUGUGUUAUGAUAAAGGUUUUGCUUAUGACUUUGAAAUCUACUCCGGCGCAGAAAAUGAUCCAGAGUUGAGGCUGCCCGACGAAUGUGAUUUAGAAGCGAGUAGCAACAUUGUUGUACGCCUAUGUCGCAGUGUUCCAAGAAAUCAAAAUUAUAAGAUCUUUUUUGAUAAUUAUUACACGUCUCCUGAAUUGAUUUCUUACUUGGCUAAAAAAGGCAUUCAUACAUUAGGCACCGUAAACAAGGGUCGUAUGGGGAUGACUUUGAAAAUACCAUCUCAAAAAGAAUUGACGGCCGCUAAAAGGCCGCGCGGCUAUUCAGAAGGAUGGGUGGCUACUGUUGAUGCAGUACCAGUCUCAGCAGUGCUGUGGCUAGACAGCAAAUCUGUUGUUCUCGCAUCUUCUUUUGUCGGUGAACAACCUAAAUAUAAAGUAAAACGUUUCUGUAAGAAACGUAAACAAUACACAGAAGUCAACGCCCCAAAUAUUAUUGGACAUUACAAUCGGCAUAUGGGCGGAUUAGAUCUCCUUGACUCUUUCAUAGGAAAACACAAAAUAAAAAUGCGUACAAGAAAGUGGUACAUGAGAAUAUUCUAUCAUUUGCUAGAUGUGAUGCUGAUAAAUAGCUGGCUUUUAUAUAAAAGAGUAGAGACGCAGAGGGAAAACACAAAAAUGAUGAAGUUACGAGAAUUCCGACUGGAGGUGGCCAAAGCAUUGUGUUAG